UUCAGUGUGGCUCCGGCCGCCAUGUUGUUGUGGUUGUGAGGAGGGAGGCGGAGGCUGAAGCAGAGCAAGAGAGCAGGCGACGAAGGGAAGACGAGCGACCACCCCCCUCCGAGCCGCCGCCACCGCCGCUGCGCCCCGUUGGGGGGUGGGGAGGGACCCCCGCCAUGUCGGGGCAGGAGUCACCAGCGUGGUUCAGAAAAUGCAUGUGUCCACUGUGUUCUUAUAUUCAGUGCAAUGGAAUUCGUGUUCCCUGAUGACCAAAAAGUUAAACAUAACUGAUUUUCAAUGUGAAAGAACAGAACAUCUGAACAACUUUUGAACCUUAUUUGAAAGAAGGAGUAUUACUAGCUGAACUUUGCUUUAUAUAUAGUGCUACAAAAGUAUUGCAAAGAAGGGUGACAACGACCUGGCCUCUUAACCUGGCUCUGUCAUGGAUGAAGAGACUCAGCACAGCCUUGAAUGCAUCCAAGCUAAUCAGAUCUUCCCCAGGAAGCAGCUGAUCCGAGAGGAUGAGAAUCUGCAGGUCCCUUUUCUAGAACUUCACGGUGAAAGCACAGAAUAUGUGGGACGAGCAGAAGAGGCCGUUAUUGCACUUUCCAACUACAGGCUUCACAUCAAAUUUAAGGAAUCCAUUGUGAAUAAUGUCUGUAAAUUUGCUGCUUGUGAGACUUCAGUUCCAUUACAGCUUAUAGAAAACGUUGAAUGCCGGGACAUAUUUCAGCUUCAUUUGACUUGUAAGGACUGUAAAGUGAUAAGGUGUCAGUUUUCUACCUUUGAGCAGUGUCAGGAAUGGCUGAAACGGCUGAAUAAUGCAAUCCGCCCUCCAUCAAAGAUAGAAGAUCUGUUUUCAUUUGCUUACCAUGCCUGGUGUAUGGAGGUGUAUGCUAGUGAGAAGGAACAGCAUGGUGAUUUGUGUAGACCAGGGGAUCAUGUAACAUCAAGAUUUAAAAACGAAGUUGAAAGGAUGGGUUUUGAUAUGAACAAUGCCUGGAGGAUUUCCAAUAUCAAUGAGAAGUACAAACUCUGCAGUAGCUACCCUCAAGAACUCAUUGUUCCUGCUUGGAUCACAGACAAAGAGCUGGAGAGUGUGGCAAGCUUCCGAUCUUGGAAGCGCAUCCCUGCUGUAGUUUACAGGCACCAGAGCAACGGAGCUGUCAUUUCCCGUUGUGGGCAGCCUGAAGUCAGUUGGUGGGGCUGGAGAAAUGCUGAUGAUGAACAUCUUGUACAGUCAGUGGCCAAAGCUUGUGCUUCAGACUCUAAGUCCAACAACAAUAAACUAAUGAAUGGAAACUGUUCAAGAGAUUUUUCCAAUGGAGGGGACUUUUCUGAUAUGGAAUUUGAUUCCUCCAUGUCAAAUGCUUCAGGAGCAGAAAGCUUAGCUAUCCAGCCUCAGAAACUCUUGAUCUUGGAUGCACGCUCUUAUGCAGCUGCUGUGGCCAACAGGGCCAAAGGAGGAGGCUGUGAAUGCCCAGAGUAUUAUCCAAACUGUGAAGUAGUGUUUAUGGGAAUGGCAAACAUCCAUUCCAUCCGGAAGAGUUUUCAGUCGCUGCGUUUGCUCUGCACGCAAAUGCCUGACCCUGGAAACUGGCUGUCAGCUCUGGAAAGCACCAAAUGGCUGCAGCACCUGUCUGUUCUCCUGAAAUCAGCACUGCUGGUAGUUCAUGCAGUGGACAGAGACCAGCGACCUGUCUUGGUGCAUUGUUCAGAUGGCUGGGACCGAACACCGCAGAUCGUGGCUCUGUCUAAGUUGCUACUGGAUCCAUAUUACAGGACCAUAGAGGGUUUCCAGGUGCUGGUGGAAACGGAGUGGCUGGAUUUUGGCCAUAAAUUUGCCGAUCGCUGUGGCCAUGGUGAGAAUUCGGAUGACCUGAAUGAACGCUGCCCAGUGUUUUUGCAGUGGCUCGACUGUGUACAUCAGCUCCAGAGGCAAUUCCCUUGCUCUUUCGAGUUUAAUGAAGCAUUCCUUGUCAAGUUGGUGCAGCACACCUACUCUUGCCUUUUUGGUACAUUCCUGUGCAACAAUGCGAAGGAGAGAGGAGAAAAGCACACCCAAGAAAGGACGUGUUCAGUUUGGUCUCUGCUGCGAGCAGGAAACAAAGCCUUCAAAAAUCUGCUCUACUCCUCCCAAUCAGAAUCUGUGCUGUAUCCUGUGUGCCACGUACGAAACCUAAUGCUUUGGAGUGCAGUUUACUUGCCAUGUUCUUCUCCUUCUACCCCAGCGGAUGAUACCUGUGCCCCUUAUCCAGUCCCAAACUCCACUCCUGAAGAUCAGCCUCUGAGCAGGCUACCAAAGACAAGGUCCUUUGACAAUCUCACAACUGCCUGUGACAGCGGCAUACCUACAACCAACCGGCGGAGCAGCGAUCCCAGUCUCAACGAGAAGUGGCAAGAGCAUCGGCGGUCUCUAGAGCUCAGCGGCCUUGGGAAUCCAGGGGAUGAUCUCUUUGAUGGAGAGAACCUGAGCAAACAAGGCAGGACUCUGGUGGGGGCAGAGCUUUCUGUGGCUGCAGGGGUAGCGGAAGGACAGAUGGUGAACAUCUUGCAGGAGGCUACCAAGGAGGAAGUAGGCCUGGAGGAGAGUGUGAGGAGCACUGUAGAAACAGCAGACAACGAGGGGGAAGAGGAUGUUUCCCAGGAUAAAGAAAGCAGGCUUGAAGACCUGGAUGGCUAUGCUGAUAGUACAUAUAAAGAGGUCGAGAUGGAGGCAGAUAUUCUUGUGGACAAUCCAGUUUCCAUCCAGCCAGUGGAUUCACAGGGUGCUUUUGAGCUUCAAGGACAAAAGAACGAACAUGUCGCUGUCCAGAAGCCAUCUCAGGUGAGAGAACUGCAGACUGGCUUUUUGGACAACUUUGUAAAUAGUAGCAUUCAAAGAGCGGAGGAGGACAGUGGAAGUCUGUUUGUAGAAACUGAAAACCCACCUGGUGUCCCCCAGCCUAGCCCACCGUUGCCUGUCCUGCAGGAGGCAGGAAUAUCAAACAUGGAGAGUUCUACUGAAACCUUAACAGAGAAUGGAACUAAGCCAGAGCUGAUCCAAAACGUCCCUUGCCAUUGGUUCCGUUCUAUGGAAAACAAUGCUGAUCAACUUCCUCAGAUGGUGGAAAGUAGGCCUGAGAGGGAGGACGCAGUAGAACUUAACAAAUUGGCAACCAACGUAAACAGGACUCCUAAGAUCAGCAACAUGCACAACCCGUUGCCUUCACCUUGUGCCUUGCCUUUAAGUGAAUGUAAAGAGGAAAUUGUCUGUAAUGGGGAGCUGGAGUCUGAGAACAAGGUGGCCGAGAAACCUGCAGGGUUCAGUGUUACCCAGAAAUACCCUGCGCCGAAUGGACACUGUGUAAACGGAGAGGAAGGUAGGAUAAAGGCCCCUCUGAGUCGGCAGGUCUCUACGGCUAGUUGCAGUUCUGCUCCUUUGCAUCUGAGGAACCUGCACCACAAGGGGGUCCAUACCAAUGCAAGCCGGCAGCAGGCCAGCAACAGCCCGGACCAGCCUGCGCGGAACCAUCUGGAUGAUGACGGGAUGCCAAUUUAUGCCGAUGUCAUUCAGCAGCGCCUCCGCCAGAUCGAAAGUGGACACCAGCAAGAGGUGGAGACGUUAAAGAAGCAGGUGCAAGAGUUGAGGAGCCGGUUAGAGAGCCAGUACCUGAACAGUUCGCUGCGUUUCAAUGGUGACUAUGGAGAUGAAGUGACUUCAAUACCUGACUCGGAAAGCAAUCUGGAUCAGAACUGCUUGUCUCGCUGCAGUACAGAGAUUUUCUCUGAAGCCAGCUGGGAGCAGGUGGAUAAACAGGACACAGAGGUGACGCGGUGGCUUCCUGACCACCUGGCUGCACACUGUUAUGGCUGCGACAGUGCAUUCUGGCUUGCUAGCAGGAAGCAUCACUGCAGGGACCCUGAACGUGUUGAUCAGACUUGGAAUUGUGGGAAUGUGUUUUGCUCCAGCUGCUGUAACCAGAAGGUGCCGGUCCCCAGCCAGCAGCUCUUCGAACCUAGCCGGGUCUGCAAAUCCUGCUACAGCAGCUUGCACCCUAGUAGUUCCAGCCUUGACCUUGAACUGGACAAGCCUAUUACUGCCACUUCAAACUGAAGCUCCAGCCUGCAAGGAAGUCGGGGGAGAGGCCACCGCCUCUGCCCCCUAAGUGGACAUGCACAUCCUCAAUGGACUGAAGCUGGUCGGACUGGAGAGGCCGAGCACUUUGGAGCGGGGAGUAUGGAACACUGCUCAGAGGGCGCGCAUGAGGAUGUACUGGUGGAGUGUGGAAACCUUUCCUUUCCAUCUGUUGCUCCCCAUUUCCUUCUCAUCCUACUUGUGUGUUAUAUUGUGUUGAUUUUGCUGAAAGACUGUGAAAAGGGGGCUGGGCCUGGAAUCUGUUUUUCCCCACAGGCAUUUUUUUUUUGCUGCCCUGCUGAUGAACUGUGCUGCAGACAGAGAACUCCUGUCUUACCGAGAUGAGAGUAGGUGCAAUCAGUUCAGGGACAUUGUGAAUACCUGUAGCAUCAGUGCUAGUGCUUUCAGUCACUCCUGUUACUUCCCAGCGACGCACUGUUGCAUGGGAAGUUGUUGCUGCUAGAAGAAGUGGAAGCUGCCUUCUCAAGAGAACUCUCUCCCUCUCUGUUCUUAGAGUGGGUCUAGUUAUCCUUGCUGCAUGAAAAGCGGGAGCUGGUUGCAGUUCACCUCGCCGGACGAUUCUUUGCCAAUGUCAGCCAACCUGUGGCUCGGAGUGGGAAACGUCAGGGCGGUUAUGGCUGAAGAAAGUAUGUGCUUGUUUGAGGGACGUGAGAAGGAAGGUGAUGGGGCAGGCCACCUGUUCACAGGGUCGUUUUUAAAACUGGCACCUCUUUUAAACAAAUUGGCGGCAGGGCUCUUUAGAACCUGUGAAGCAUCUCCCCGCCUCUUAAGAGUGGUUUACGCAGGAGACUCCAGGGGCUGCAGGCAGAGGCUGCCUGCAUAAUGUGGCUUGUCAGGUUCUCCACAUCAUGAUUUUAUGCUGAGCAGAAUUUCUCCCAGUUUCCUUCCCACACAAAAAUCUUACAUUUAAAGAUAUGACUGGACCAAAAAUGUUUUUUAAACUUCCCUUACAUUUAAAAUCACUUUUAAAAUGUUUUCCUGUUAAAAUGUGACAGUGUUCACAUUUGGGCGGGGUGGUGGUGGUUAUAUUGGCCUGUAACCCCAAUUUUAAUCUGCUUGAUAGCUGGAAGGGCUAUAAUACAACUUUCCCCAAUUUGUUGUCAUGGCUAAACUGAAGCAGUUCCUGCCUGCCACCUCGCCCCCUCUGCCCCAAAUCCCUGGAAUUCGGAUUAGUCUGCAUGUUACCUUACUGCACUAUAACUUCUUGGAAUGGCAUCUGUGAGGUGGCUUCUCCUGCGCUGGCAUGGUCAGCUUGAUGCAAAUAAUGCUUUGCACAGCAUUCUUGCGAGUUUUGCUUGUGGUUUCCACAUCAGAGUUAGUACCUGCCACAAAGAUGGCAUGAGAAUUCUUCACCUGGUGUGUCUGAACUGUACAGGAGGAGGAGCCACUCCAGGGAGAUCAUUUCUUGCAGCCAUAGUGUCAUAAAUGUGUGGACCAGCUUUAAGAAAAGAGCCUGCAGACAGUUACAAAAAAUUUACCGCGAACACAAGAGUUCGCCUUCUGUGUCACGUAAGGUGAUUGCUUUCUGAAAUGAAAUUCAUAAGACUCAGAUUGUUUGGACUAUCUGAUCUGUGGAAAAGAUGUGUCAGCCUCUGUGACUCUCGAUGUUUGAAUUGUCCAGGUUAUUUGAGAAAGGUCCACGUAUUGUCUAUAACACAAUACAAAGAAGGUGUGCAGGAAAUGCAAACCACGAUCCCAAGAGUCUAGUGUAGAAGAGUCUUUUUUAUCUUUAAGGCAGUUGUGGAGUCUAGCUUCUUGGCAUUCUCCACUUCUUCCAACAGGGAGAAUCCAUGCAAAUUCCCAUUUGGACUUUUAAAUAUAUCAAUUGAAACUAUUGGGGUUUAUGCAGCAGUGCAUAGUAUUUCUGUAUAGGUUGCAGUUCUAGGUACAGCAGAGAUUUUUGGAACAGGAAAUGGGAGGAAAAAGAUUUUCUGUAUUGGUCCAUUAAUGCGGGGGGGCGGUGUUGUAGUUUUGAAGGGAAAUGGAAUAGCAUCACACACUGACGGCUGUGUGUUUUCUGGUACAAGUAGAUGGCGAGAGCAAGUCUGAUAUUCUGCAGUUCAUAACGACAGGUGCCAAGAGGUUCUGAUACGGGUUUUUGGGGUCUGUGAUGUACAGUGUGAAUAAACGCUUGCAGCUCUUAGUCUUUUUUGAUGAAUGAAGCACUUUUUUAUUAAUAUUUUUCUUUGUAUGUAAAGCAGGAAACUAUCUCGACAUAGCUGUAUAUAACCCUUUCUUUCCUAAAGAGGAGUACAGUGUCUCCUUUAUAUUUUUCAUUUUUUUUGUCAAAGCAAGACGUAAAUACUUUAGAAUUGUUAAAUAUAUAAAUAAAAGUAAAUAAAGUUUAGAGUUUUGCAUGGGA